CAGUAUGUACUUCAUCCCUAUGUGGUCUUCCCAUAGGAGAAAACAAAAAUGGCGGCGCCCAGACGAGUUGUGCCGAUGGCAGUGACUCCGCGGUCUUUCCAGGCCGUGUACGGCGUCGACGUCGAUCUGAUGGCGACUCUUUCAGAAGAAGAAGUCCGUUGCCUGCUGCCUUGCCUGGUGAGAAUGUCACUCUGCGCGGCCAUGGACGGUAGCCAGCGCUGGGCCCAGAACCGUAAAACUAUCCUGAAGCUCCUCUCUUCACACGAACCAGUGAACUCAAUCGUUGCCCUUUUGUCCGUGGACUUCCACGCGUUGGAGCAAGAUGCAAGAAAAGAACAAGCAAUCAGGUCCAAGUUGGGAGGAUCAGAGCUGGAGAGCGCCCUGACGUCCCAGGCAGGCCUGGCCCUGGAGUUUGAGCGCAGCGAUGCAGCCAGCCGCCUCCGACUGGUGCUGAGGGAACUGCUCAUUCUGAUGGGGCUGGCGGAGAGCUCAGAAGCAAAGUUCUAUGUGCGUCCCUGUGAACUGUUUGAGAGUCAGUCCCAUCUGGAGGAGAUAGCGGAUGUGCUGUGUGUGGCACAGGCUGAACUCCCCACCCUCCUGCCCAUCAGCAAGGUAGCAGAGGGGUUACUCAGGGUCAAGAAUGGACUGUGGCUGUUAGGCAGGCUGGUCGCCAAUGCACCAGAUAGCUUCCAUGAAGUGUCCCUUUCCCUGGUAUCUAAGGCCCAGCACCUGGAGGAUGACAGUAUGGAGGGCAGGCGCAGAACAGCUGUGCUGAGACAGCUGCUUGUCAUGCACCCUUCACAUGCAGCCACUGUCCGAGGCAUGCUGGUAGAACACUGUGCCCUUCCUGACCUUGCUGUGACCUUGACCUUGGACCACCUGAGCCCGGACUCCUGUGACGUGUGCAGUGAGAUUGUAGCGUUUGUGAGCGGGGUGCUGCUGGGGAGUGACAGCAGGGUCAGGGCCUGGCUAGCUGCCUUCCUCAGAAAUGCUCAGAAGCACUCCCGAGGAUGGAACGUCUCCGUCGUGCAGAGACUGCGGAAGACCCUGCUGCAGCAGCUGCAGUCCAUCCUGCCCUGCAGGGAGUCCGGAGACGCCUGUAUCCCCAGCCAGAGGGCUGUCCAGGCCAGCGCACUGCUCAGGCUCUACUGUGCACUCAAGGGGAUAGCUGGGCUCAAGUUGAGUGAGGAGGAAUCCCAGUGCCUGUUAAAUGUGAUCACCAGUCCUGUACCACGGGUGCCCGCAGGUGACCGGUUACAGUGCCUGUCUCUGUGUGCCCUGCUGGCAUCACCACACCUGCUGAUGGGCCUGGAGCAGGAAAAACAGGCAGCAGAAUGGCUCAAACAACUGGUGAAGGAGACGGCUAGCCUACCACAAGGCAGUGCCUCCUGUGGAGAGACCUUACUGUUGGUAGCACUGCACUUCCACAGCAAUCAGAUAGGGGCCAUCACUGACCUGGUGUCCAACACUCUAGGGAUGAAGAUCUCCAGCAGAAACUCCCUGGCCAGACUGAAGACAAUCUUCACACAAGAAGUGUUCCCUGAACAGGUGAUUACAGCCCAUGCAGUGACUGUCCCUGUGACCCCCAGUCUGAGCGCCCACAACACCGGGUACCUCCCAGUGCACUGUAUCCUGCAGCUGCUCAGGACUAGAGCCUUCAGCAAGCACAGCAUCAAGAUCAAGGACUGGGUUGUCCACCAAGUUUACGAGGCAAGUGCCCCUCUCCACCCUCUCCUACCCCCUCUCAUCGAAACCUACGUGAACACAGUCUUCACCCCUGGUGCCAAGGGGGCAACCAGUGAACCAAUCGCGUUGUCAGAAAUUGACGUCAUCUUCCCCGGCGAGGACGCCAUGGCAACAGAUAAACAGUGGAGCGUUGCGACACGGCUGCUGAUGCUGUACUACCUGCUGCUGUAUCGUGACCACUGGCUACAAAACUGUCGAGCCGGCAGCAUGAAGGUUCCACAGGAGUAUCCCAGAAUGCUCUACACCAGGCUUCCCAUCAUGCAGCUGUUGCAGGAAGCUCACAGGAACCAGCAAGACUACCUAGGUCUGUACCCAUCAUUGUUACGACUACUGGUGACCCAUUUCCCCCAUCUGUGCCUGGUGUCAGCGUGGCUCCAAGCAGACGUGGAGUCCCUGGGUGUGGGACCUCUCCUCAAACUCAGGAUGCCGUCACAGGAGCAGCUACGGCAAGCCCUGUCAGAAGUGUUUGUGAACCCAACCAGAACGAUGCUGCUGCUGCAGCAGUUGUCGCAGCUGCAGCCCCUGCAGCAGAUGGAGUAUGCUGCAGCGCUGGUCAGCACCCUGCCCCUGUACCUGCAGCAGCCUGUCCCCAGGAAGGUGUGGCAGCUGGUGUGCCAGGUCUGGGAGAGUCUCAGCACCAUCAUGCCCAGGAGGCUACGUACAUUGACAGUCAACGCCAUGCAGAUAAGACAGAUGGGGAUGCCAGCCCGAGCACUGACUCAUGACGACAUAGCUGAGGACCCGCUGGCUGUUCUAAGAUGUGAGCCAAGUGUCUUCAGGUGCCCUCCACUGGUGGGGAUCCUACUCCAGGUGCUGCAUGCCUACCUGUCCAUGUCAGGGUCGUACCUGGAUGCACACCUGGCCUCCACAGCGCAGGUGCAGAGAGAGAAGGGCACAGGUGGCACAGGUGAGACAGAACGUGAGGAGCUGAAGUCUGCCCUGCUGAUGGCCCAGGACAGUGCUGUGGUACAGAUACUACUGGACAUGUGUGCAGCUGACAAGGACAAGGACCAUGGCUGGAGUCUGGGGGAGCUGCGUGAGAUCAGGUGUCUGGUCUGUAGUCUGCUGCAUCAGAUGUUCAUCUCCAACCCCAACCUCACCAAACUUACACACUUCCAGGGUUACCCCACAGAGCUGUUACCAGUGACAGUUGCAGGAGUGCCGUCCAUGCACAUCUGUAUGGACUUCAUCCCAGAGCUGCUGUCUCAGCCUCAGCUGGAGAAACAGAUAUUUGGUAUCCAGCUGACCUCCCACCUAGCCCACCAGUUUGCACUUCCCCGGAUGCUCAGCCUAGCAAGACUGGCCGUCAACGUCGCUUCAACGCUCAUGACAGUUCUCCCGAGUGAUUCCCGUCAGAAGUUCUGCCUGGCCACGCUGCCUGCCCUGGUGCGGAUCUGCCGUGCCUUCCCUCCCCUGACCCAGGAUGUGGUGUCCAUACUGCUGCAGCUGGCACAGAUCACGGCUUCAUCCUCGCCUGGCAGCUCCUCUCCACAGUCUGUGGACGAUACAUCAUGGGAAGAGCUGGAGAGAGGUCAGAGGUCAGGCCAGGUCCAGUACGCUCCCCUGGACACAGCUAUACAGUGUGCUGUCACACAGCUGAUUGCUGUAAAUAUAUGAGGCUAUAAUCACAUGUACAACAUGGUGAAUGGCCUUACUAUAACAUAGUAAGACUAAGAAGGAAGAGAGAAGUGUAUGUUUAGUUUGAAAAAACUGUGCAAACUAUUUAUGUUUAUAAUAGGAAAUGCAGUAGGCAAAGGUAUAAACUUGACUUGCAUUCCAUGAUAUUCUUUAGUUUUGUGCAGACUGGGCCCUCUUGGUAUAUGUUUAAAAACAUUUCAUUUCUUAAAGAACGUUCCAAUCUGAAGUAUGUUGUUCAAAAGAAUAUUGUGAGCUGUGUAUGUUGUAUAUAAGAUAUAUGCUUUGUAAUAAUAAACAAGUGGACAUGACUCAGACCUCAUACAUAUAUCUUGACCUUUCAUUUUCAAGAUGAAGAAAGGUGGAAUCCAGCAAUGUCCUUGUCAAUUUGACGUUUCCAAUGAACUCAAAAUCAUAGCAGACU